UAGUGAACUGUUCACUUAUUUGUUCUCACGUUAUCUCUGCUAUAGUAUUAAUUAUAUUUAAAAAAUUCUAGCAAUAGGCUAUAGUUAGUAAACUUUUAGUAAUAGGCAUUACGGUUAGGAACGCGUUGAAAUACGUUACAAUAGCAUAUACGCAUCCCAUAACUGAUAUGUGAGUGAAUGUUUCAUGUUUCCUGAUCGUUUUCAACAAGCGCAGUGAGAUUAGCCUGAAAUAUUGGAAGGCAGAAGCUGACGCCGUAACUAAUGAAUGAUCAUAGGAUGUUUUCAGAUAAUCCCAAUUACUUCGACGAAGAAGUUGCAGCUAAUAGUGUGGAUGCCAGCGACAGAAGUUUUCUUUUGUUCAUGAAGCGCAAUUCAGUUGACAAACCUGCAAAACAAGAAGAACAAAAACAAGUUCCAGUUCGUAAACGCCUAGCUUGUUCAAAAUUUCUACGCUAUCGUAGCAACAGUACUACUUCAUCGCAAAUGAAGUCUUGCGUGUAUACUACACCACAGUAUUAUAAUGACAUCAGUAUUAAAAACCAUAUUGAAAAUGACUCUUCUUUUGCACAGAAAGAAAGUAAUAUAAAAGUUGCGGAUGUGAAACAACGACACACUCCUCGAAAUGGGCAAAGGACAACAAUAUGUAAUGAUUCAUUGAUUCCUGAAACGAGAAGACACUCAAUUGGAACAAUUGACUUAAAAGAAUGUUUGAAAAAACAAGUAAUCUCGGAUGAGGUCCCAGAAAUGAUGGCACCAAAAGCACCUAUAGAUUUAUAUAAAGAAGGUGCACAUUCGCUUUCAACAAUGGAUGAUAUUUUGUUUGUCACAGCCCGGCAUAACGAGCAAGCAUUUAUGUGGGCAAAUCAUUUAAAAACAUGUUUUGACAAAAUCACGAAACAAAGAGGAAAGAUACCAUUUAAUUUCCUGCAUGUCAGAAUUGAUGAAAACCAAGUUAAUCAACAGUUAGUACAGCGGAGUCUUUCUACAAAAUUGCAAGUUAUUAUUGUCUGUCCUGUAAUGCUUACAUUGUCAACCCAAUAUUUACAUUCAACUUUAGUAUCAAUAUUGAAACCAGAGCAAGUUUUGGGACUGUUGUUGAAUGUUACAGAAAUCUGUGCAUUCGAAAACCACAAGGAUACCUUUCCAGGCUAUAAUAAAUGGCGGACGUGUGUGGCAGGAGAUCAUGAGCAGUCAUUUUUGAGUGAAUUACUUGGUAUUGCAACCGAUAUUCUAGGAUGCGCACUACGUCAGCAACCACACUGCUAUGAUCCAAAUGUUGCUUCGUUGUAUAAACCUUCUUCUCCCACUGGACUUCAUGAUAUGUUCACACUUUUUCCUAGAAAAGUCAAGAUCGGGCAAAACAAAAUUCUCGCUAUCUUUGCGGAGCCCCUGGUGAAAAAUGAUUGGAUUAAAAUCAAAAUUGAAAAAAAUAAUGAAAUUAUAGAAAUUACAAACAUUAAGCGACGGAAUCCUUAUAUAAUUCAAUUUAGUAUACCAGAUUCUUGCAUGGAAAUUUCUAUGAUGGUUGGGGUUCGUUUGGAAAAAAACAAUAUUGACCUCGGUUGUCGGGCACUGAAAUGUGAAAGUCAAUUUCGUGAAUUGGAGCAAAUUUUGAGAACACAGAAUUCACCAAUGGAGUUUUUAUGUCAGGCAACCGGAAUUGCAAUCUCAGAUCGUGACAAAUUGGAUUCACAUCUUUUGCAAGCAUUUCAAAAAAAUGUUCCCACUAAUUUUCAUUUACUGAAUUACGCUGAUAGUGAAAAAAAAUCUAAAUCACACAGAGAAGCAAGCCCUGAGGAAUAUCCAACACUGCUACAUUUUGCUGCAUAUUGGGGACUCGAACGCUUAUGUCUCCAACUCUUAGAAUGUCCUGGGGGUGACAUUGCUUGUGAAAUGAGAAAUAUAUCUGCUCGUACGCCAAGUGAUAUGGCCGAUCUUGGAGGACACUAUAAGCUAGCAGAUAGCAUUAAAAAUUUUUCGAAAAUGCACGAGUUCACCACCAUGUACCAUUACUUUAAAGGAAUUAGUGAUUUUUCUCCGAACAAAAUUAUUAUCGAACCGCUGUCAAACUGUGAAAACUCAAUACCAUCGUCAACACCAUCAUCAGCUACUUUGAUGGUAUCGGGACAAUUAAAACAGCAGCAGCCGAAUGAAGGAUAUAUGGAAAUGAAUGCUAGCGGUAGCGAUGCUGAAUCUAUUAGUAACGAUGCAUUGAACACAGUUGCAAAUUUAAAUUAUUUAAUAGUGGAUACUGUUCACAGUGUCAUGAGACAUGAGCGAACAUGACACUUCACGAAACGAAUUAAAAAUGUCGGAAUUCCAAUAUGCUGAUACUAACGAUAUCGAUAAAAGCGAUUUGUUUAGUCAGGAGUGUUCCAAUUUGUUAGAG